AUGACACUCAGAGUCACGCUUUCAAACGAUGUAGCUGACUAUCUGGAGAGGCAGAGCCAGGCGCUGAACAAGCCCUGCGACCAGAUAGCAGACGAACUACUUCGCCGCGUUAUGUCUUCUGAAGCCGAAGCGAUGGGCGCUGCCACAAUGGACGAAUCCGGCGACUCUGAGCUCACUGGGGAGUGCCUUAAUCAGACGCUCGACGAACUGUACGUGGACGACUAUUUCGAGAAGAUGCGCCAGUGA